UUACUCACCCAGUGCUGAGCUGCUCCUAAGCUGGGAUUGAAGGAGAAUCCUAUUUAGAAAAACACCCUUGAUGAAGAAAGCACGAAGCAGAGAGGAAAAUUUGCAGGGAUCUUCCAAAGCGUGACGGCAAAGUAAUGCAGAUACCAUCUCCUGGAGGGCUCCAGGGGGACUUCGGAUCGCUUAUUAUAAAAGGGAGCCUUGGCUGAGCCCUGAGCAAAGAACUGGCUGCAGUCGAGAAUUGUAAGUGCUGUUUUGAUCAGAGAAAAAUAACUGUUUUUAGCGCAGGAGGUAAUUAAAAUAGCUUGUGAAUCUAAACACCUCGGGGAUCUGUCGUAAAAGGAGGCAGAAAAUCCAUCUUCUGUAUUUGUGUGUAACCAAAUAGAGAUGAUACUGGAGAAAGCAGGGGAGAUGAGAACUUGAAGCUCGCCUAGUGAAGGAGGACAGACCGGGAUAUCAAGCCAGAUACAGAAAUCUGCUCUCUGCAAGUUCAGUGGCUAGAGAUGGCUGAAGAGGAUAUCAGGGCUUCGGGCACUCCAUUCUCGCUCUCUUUUUCGGGCAGUGGCUUUCUCGUCCUUUAUCAGGUGGGAGUGGUGCAGUCCCUUCUGGAGCUGGCUCCAGAGCUGCUCAGGUCAGCAUGCAAGGUCUACGGGUCAUCUGCUGGAUCUCUCAUCGCAGCGGCCGUGGUGUGUGGCACCAACCUCGAUGACCUAAAAGAAUUUUUCUUUGCAAGCGCAAAGGAAGCCAGGAAAACCAUCCUGGGCCCUCUUUCUCCCAGGUGCAGCCUGCUGGCAAAUAUCAAGGCUGUUUUACAGAGGACACUACCAGAGAACUCCCACCAAGUGGCUUCGGGAAGGCUGCACAUCUCCCUCACGCGGGUGGUAGAUGGCCAGAACGUCAUGGUGUCUGAGUUCAGCUCCAAGGAGGAACUCAUUCAGGCUCUCCUCUGCAGCUGCUUUCUUCCUAUCUACUGUGGAUUCAUCCCUCCGUCCUACCGAGGUGUGCGAUAUGUUGAUGGAGGAUUCACCGGCUUGCAGCCUGUUUCCAGCUUGGAGGAAGCCGUGAUCACUGUGUCCCCAUUCACAGGAGAGCUUGAUAUCUGUCCACGGGACUGUCCUGCUAUCUUCUUCUGUUUCCAGAUCUUUAAUGGCAGCAUUCAGAUCUCAAUAGAAAACCUGUGCAGGAUUAGCUACGCUCUCUUUCCACCUAGCUCCAUGGUCCUGAAUGACAUUUUUUCCCAAGGGUAUCAGGACACCGCCCUUUUCCUGUGCAGGAAUGAUGCCUUUGGCACAAACUAUUUUGAUGGCAACUUCCGAUUUGCCAGCAUGUGUGGGAAGACUGACCUGCCACGAUCCAAUGGGACACUGAACAGCCUAGGCAGAAGGGUACCACGGUACCUGGCACCACGCUUCCUUCCAGGCCUGGCUCGGUGGAGGAAGCAGCAGUUUGGAUUGCGGGAUCCACUGUCAAAAGUCCUGUUACAACUAUAUGUGCUCCCUGCCAGGAUGCCAGCUUUUGUCAGGAAGGGGCUACAGCAGCUGUGGGGAUUGCUGGAAGAGAUCAGCUCCAUGGUAAAAUGGUUCCAGAAGCUCCUCCGAAACAUGGUGCCUGGUUUGCCUAAAAGAGCUGUGGCCAGGGGGUGAGGCGCUCAGGCAA